CUAUAAAGCGACACUGAAAGAUGAAGUGGUUAUUAACCGCCAGUGCUAAGUUUGAUGGCUUGAGUUAAGUUUACCAGAGAGUUGACUUGCCAUCUCUUCAGGAUUGUAUUUUGAUUAUAAUAAGGACAGUGAUAGAAGGAAGCAUUAUUUGUAAGUGGCUGAGCAUUCAUUUAUCUUUAACCACUUGCUGUAUUUGUUGCGUGUCGAGUAUUUGAUUAUAGUUUUAGCACUGAAUUUAACUAAUUAUGUAUGUAUCUUGAUAUCUUUGAUACUGUGGACGUUGUUUGUCAGGAAGGCAUUGAUUUGAAGGUUUUUCUAAAAACUUUUUUGUAGUUAAAACUGGACAAAGAAUCGUCAGUGAACACUCGAUCAGGCAGUGACCGGGAUAGAUUUGAUCAAAGAAGCCUAAAAGUGAUCGACUUCUUGCAAAGUUUCAAAAAUCAUUCUUCUCAAUAUAACACAUUAUUGACGGACUUCAUUUAAUUGCAGAUAAUGAUGAACUGUCAAUUAAAUAGAACGACAAACUCUACCCAAUCCACGACAACACCGGCAGCCGCCACCUGGUUUUGAUCGCCGAAGCCUAUAAAAAGCGCCAUCCUCACAGGCAAAGUGACAAAGUGACACAUUAUUGACUGAGUUAAAGUCUGCUUAAGAUUUUUGGCAUCUACAUUCAUUUUACUGGGACAAUGUCAAAACCUCCAUUGGGUACGACCACAAACUCGACCCAAUCCAUGACUCCACCAGCUGCCGCCGAGCCAGGUCCCGAUUGGCCUGUAGCGAAAGAGCUUUGGGGAAUUGCUUGGGAAUUCCAUUGGGCUGGACUGGGGACUCUCUUCAGUAUAUUAGCAGUACGCUCUUUCCUCGUUCUAGCGCAAGUUCGAACCAGACAGGGAUUUGGCCGAAAGCCCUUGUUUAUAGCCAUAAACUCUUUGCUUUUUACUUUAGGAACAACGAGAGCUUUGUUUUUAUUUCUUGAUCCUUACUCCUCGGCAGAAAAUGGUAUUGAAAUCCCACCCUGGAUAUCGAUGCUGGUUUUUGGCAUAACCUAUCCUUGUUUGACAUCUUCCUUCUGUUUGAUUCACUUGGCUUUUAUUGAAGUGGCAAAGAUCCAGCUUGGAUCUAAAAGGCUCCAAGAUGUUCGCUUUUUAGGUGGUAUCAUUGGAAUUCACUUUGCCAUCGUAAUAACUGCAGGAGCAACAACUGCCCUCAAACCCGAUUCUGCAUCGUUAUUGCUGAUCAUAUGCCAAUUAUUCUUCAUCCUCUGGAGCCUUAUACUGUCUGCGAGCUUUAUCUACAGUGGUUUGAAAGUCAUCAAUCAAGCUUCGAGAGUACAAAAACAAAUCGAGAGCAUCGAACUUGGAAAUAGCACAAUCAGAAGAACAUCUAAAAGACCAAGGAAAACAUCAAAAGUUGCCAAAGUAACUCUUGUAACGAGUGUUUUGGGAUUUGUUUGUUGUGGACUGCAGAUUUAUUCAAUGUUCGGUGUUUAUGGAUUGUAUAGUAAAGUUGUUAAUCCGUCUCCUUGGCCAUGGUGGGUGUUUCAAACGUGUUUUCGGCUGGUUGAAUUCGGUAUGGCUUGUGCACUAGCCUACAGUGUGACGCAACCUGUGAAACCCGGAAAACUUGUCCCAAAACUGAGAAUAUAAAAGUUACAGCCUGGUAUAAAGUGACCAAACGUGAACUUUGGAGGGUGCUUUAAUUUUCACUAAGAUGAAAUGGAUCUUGCAGCCGGCUCCCAAAACAUCAAACUGUGAUAACUUUGAUUACAUGUAUUCUCAGUUCUACCCCAUAACUACAAUUUAAGAGUCGUUGUACGAAGCUUUUGUCUCAGCACCAAAAAGUUAAGUUACAAACCAAGCAAAAACUUGAAUAAAUUACCGAUUCUUGCCUCUUGACCCUAAUUCUGAAUCUAAAUAUAAGAGAGAAUAUCUCCAAUAACGCUUGACCUCUGACUGUGGCUCAAUUUAGUAACUGCUAUCACCGAGCCUCGUCCGUAACAAGGUGUAGAUUUAUCAUUUUCAUAGGGCAUCGCGCAACAUGGGUUAAUUUUUGCAAUCGGUUAAGUUUAGCAAGUAAAGAUGUACAAUACCUGAGUGGGCCAAGAGUUAAACCAUUGUAUUUAGAGAUCUGGGAGUCUGCGGGCAUGUUGGACUAAACCCCAAUGAGCUCUCACACUGCCCAGCAAACUUGUUUAUUAACGAGCAGAGCAUGAUUAAGCGUGAAUUGGUAUCUUGUGCGGAAGAAAAACGCACCUUAAAGUUUAAAACUAAUCACAGUAAAUGGUUAUAAUGAAUGAAAUUUCUUAUUUCAAACCACAUUUAUGACGAGUGAGAGGGCUAAUAUGCAGUAGACAAACAGAUACAGCAGUGGACGUGACAAAAUUACCUGAGAUAACACCAAGAUGCUUAAGUAGUCAGGCACAACAUGUGUAUACAAUUUAUGUACACACACAAAACAUAUCAUCUUAUUGAACUGGCGUGAAGAAUUUCAGUAGAAGUUCAGUAUUUAGCAUGCCAUGCGCAGAUGAAUUCAGCGGAUCGUAUAAAGCUAUAUAACAAGGGCAUUGUUUAUUCACUUUUUUUUUGGUUUAAUAUGUCGCCGUCUCUUACCUUAGCCAUCCUUUUUCAGUCCGCAUAUUUUAAUUCAGCGUUUGAGGUAGAGUCCGCUCGGCUCAAGCGCAUGAAAGUCAUAGUCUUUGGAUCUUCUUUGUAGUUUUCUAUUUCUUUUUUUGUCACGUUCUUUUUACAGAUUUAGUCAAAACCCCACGAAAUCGCACCAUGCAACAGAAAACAAACAAAUGUGAACAAGCAAUAUUUAGUCUUGCUCUGUAUACUUUUAUUUUAUUUCAUUUUUACUCCAUUCUACAAUACAUUAGUUGUACAAUAAUACAAUAGUUGUACAAUAUCAACUGGUACAAAGUUGCUUAAAACUACGUGUACAUAAUAGAAGGGC